ACCUGGGUUGUGUUAUCUUAUCAGAAUGCCCGCCUUGACAAGUCGGGUUUAGCGCAUUGAAGAAAUUCUGAAUUUCUGCAACGUCUGAACUUCUGGACUUCUCACCUUGGACGUGAGACGCCCCCGAAUCAUCACCACAACUCCAAACGGGCCAAGCUCCCCCUUCACACACAUCCGUCUCGAUCGCCGUCGCCCGCCUUCAACCAUGGCAGCCCCCGUGGGACCUCUCGCCCAGGUCAAGCUGCCCUCGGGCCCCUCGCCAGUGACGGCCGAGCAGCGCUACUGGAUGUCCUUCAAGAACCAGCUGCAGAUCCCCUCGCCUACCUCCUACCCAGUGACCCAUAUCAGCGCCGCUUCCAACGACGGCCACUUCGCCGUGACCACCGGCACUCGCGUGCAGAUCUACUCGUCUCGCACCAGGAAGCUGGAGAAGACCGUCACGCGCUUCGCCGAUGUCGCUCGAAGUGGCGACCUGCGUCGUGAUGGCAAGGUCCUCGUCGCCGGCGAGGACACCGGCCGCCUACAGGUCUUCGACAUCAACUCGAGAGCCGUUCUCCGGACCUGGAUGACCCAUAAGCAGCCCGUCUGGGCUACCCGCUUUUCCCGCACCCAUCUCACAACCCUCCUCAGCGCCUCCGACGAUAAGACCGUUCGUCUCUGGGACCUCCCCAGCAAUGACCCGACCCACACCUUCGUCGGCCACCAGGACUACGUCCGCAGCGCCGACUUCAUCCCCGGCUCUUCCGCCAGUCUCAUCGUCUCGGGAAGUUACGAUGCCACCGUGCGCCUCUGGGACCCUCGUGUCCCGCCAGACCAACCCGUCAUGACCUUCAAACACGCCGCGCCCGUCGAGCACGUCCUCCCCUUGCUCUCCGGUACCACCCUCCUGGCCGCCGCCGGCCCGGCCAUCUCCGUUCUCGACCUCGUAGCCGCCCGCCCCGUCCAGCAGAUCACCAACCACCAAAAGACGGUCACCUCCCUCUGCCUCGCCUCCGGCGGCACGCGUCUCGUCUCCGGCGGUCUCGAUGGCCACGUCAAGGUCUUCGAGACGACGGGAUGGAACGUCGUCUCCACCACGAAAUACCAGUCCCCCAUCCUCACCGUGCGGGUGCUCGGCGCCUCGUCAGAGAGUCCCACCACGACCGGCGACUCUUCCUCCUCUUCCACGUCCGCGUCCGACCGCCACCUCCUCGUGGGCAUGCAAUCCGGCGUCCUGAGCAUCCGCACCCGCCUCACCGGCACCGAAGCCAUCCGCCAACGCGACCGCGACCGCGAGAUGGCCGCCCUCCUAGCCGGCACCCUCGGCGCCCACGACGCCCGCGUCGACAAGCGCAAGCGCCGCAUCGCCGCCUCCCGCCGCCUCGACAUGGCCGGCGAGGGCGCCGACGUCGUCAUCGCCGACGAGCCCCGCGACGGCGCACGACGCCGCCACAAGUCCGAGGCCCUCUGGCAGCGCGACCUCCGCCACGGCCGCUACGCCCUAGCCCUCGACCGGCUCCUCGACCCGGCCUCGGUGGCCGAGCAAGACGCGAGGAAGAAAGGCGGCCACAAGAAGAAAAGCAAGAGCAAGAACGACGCCGCCGGGGGUCAGCCCACGGAGCCUGCGCCCCCGCUGGAGGUUCUGACGCUAUUGUUGGCGCUUCGUCACCGCAGUGCCGUGCGGGCCGCGGUCGAGGGCCGUGAUGAGCGGACGGUGCAGCCCGUGCUGCGGUGGGUCAGCGCGCAUAUCGUUGACCCGCGGUACGUCGGCGUCUGUGUCGAGGUUGCCAUGCACCUUAUCGAGCUGUACGCCGAGUAUGCCAGUGGCAGUGCCGAGCUGGCCGCUGGCUUCCGAACGUUGAGAAGACGAGUCACGGGCGAGGUGGAAAAAGCAAAGGUUGCCUGUGAAACCGGUGGCAUGGUAGAGGGACUGGUAUUAGGGGCAGUAUGAAGAGUUUUUGGUGUUUUUUUGCUGAUCUGUGUUCCUGCCGCAUGAUAAUUCACCGUUCUGCCGCUCCCAAAAGAACCAUAGGGGGGAUUUGUACGAGGUAGCGAGUCGGUUGAAGACGGAGAGAUACCAUGGAAUGGCGGCGGGUCUUUCGAGAAGCGGACGGAUUUUCCUGUUUGCAUUGCGAUGGCGUUCAGGGCAAGGCCGGCGAAAAUAAGGGGUAAGAAUAAGGACAAGAUGAAAAAGAAACUACCAAAAAAGAAGAAUAAACAAAGACCACAGAAUUUAUCUAAACUGCCGUCUCCGGUCCCGUAAGAUCACACUUGUUUCAUAAUUCUAUUCUAGCGUCACAUACAGAUGGCCUCAACCAAGGCCAGAAAGA